UUCUCCUUUGUGAAGAACUGGUCUUUGAGGAUCUGGGUCUUGGAAUUCUGGGUAGAGUAAGGGGAGGAGUAGUGGCCUGGGCCUCUGUUUUCAAAACACUCGGACCUGUCUUUAUCUGAGUGGAAAGAUCAUGGGCCCAAAAGGAGCGGGCGCAAAAGCAGCAGGCGCAAAAGCAGCAGGCGCAAAAGCAGCAGGCCCCAAACCAGAAGGCCCCACACCAGAAGGCCCAAGUGCCCCGCCUGCCCCGGAGGCCGCACCUCCUCCGGAUGCUCCACCUGCCCCACCUGCCCCAGAGCAGACGCCUACACAGACGCAAGAAGAACUGGACUUCUAUGCUCCGAGUUACGUAUGUUUGACCUUCACGGCAAUAAUUCUUUUCCCUCCCCUGGGAAUGCUAGGUCUUUACUUCAGCCGCCAGGGAUUCUGGAAGCCCAUACCUAUGCUCCCAUCCCUACAGACCACAGAGGCCAACGAGAAGAGCGAUUGGGAACAAGCUUAUGCCAACUCAGCCCGAACUGGUUGGCUGGAUGUAUGCGCCAUACUCAUUGGUUUAGGCCUCAUUUAUGGAUUGGUCCUAUAUUCGUGAAGCCCAGGCACAGCAUGACAGGGGCUUAUACCCCAAUAGAUCCACCCGCCAAGACACUGACCAGCCGCCAUGCCAGAAACUCAAAGGCUGAUUCACCUGCUAACAAGAAACCCACCAACCAAGGAACAUAACAUCCAAGCACCCCAGCAGCCUAGGAACAACUAGGCCUCCUGCCUGUACCACUUCAGCGCACUUGGCCUCCACAGUUAUCUUCAUCCACCUGGGGCUCCACUCGUCAGUGCCCUACAUCCUCUGAGUUCCUCAACACUAGGCUGCUGUCUCAGAAAAAAAAUAGUUCAAUAAAACUGAAAAGAGUG